CGUCUCACCACCUCUUCAUCGUUCUGGUUUCGUUCCUUUCGAACCAACCCCCCUAACCAGAAACCUCUCUCUCAACCAGAAAUGUCGUCGGAAUCCUGCGCUGCGUUUGAUCCUCUGAUCGGUAACUCCUCCUCGGUGCUCAGCGCCGAGAUUGUCCUCUGUUUCGUUCUCUUCGCGGCAGUUUUCGGAUUCUGGCUUGCACCCGGCGGCCUGGCGUGGGCUUUGUCCAAGGCCCGAUUUAGGGUUGCGCCUGGGCUCGCCAUUCCGGGGCCGUCCGGCGUGCCUCUUUUGGGGCUCGUGUUUGCUUUCACUGGAUCUUUUACUCACCGAGUUCUCGCCAAGCUUGCGACGAGGUUCGAGGCUGUUCCGUUAAUGGCGUUUUCGGUAGGGUUUACGCGGUUCGUGAUCUCGAGUCAUCCGGAUACGGCCAGGGAGCUUCUCGGAAGCUCGGCGUUUGCCGACCGUCCGGUGAAGGAGUCGGCUUACGAGCUUCUUUUUCACCGGGCCAUGGGCUUCGCGCCGUACGGCGAGUACUGGCGGAACCUGAGGCGGAUAUCGGCGACUCACAUGUUCAGCCCGAAGCGCAUCGCUGGUUUCGGCGAGUUCCGGCGGAGAAUCGGACUCCAAAUGACGGCUCAGGUCAAGGACUUGAUGGAGAAAAACGGCGUCGUUGAGGUGAAGCGAGUUUUACAUUUUGGAUCGUUGAACAAUGUGAUGAUGAGCGUUUUCGGACGGUCAUACGAGUUUUGUGACAAUGGCGGCGAUGGCGCUGAGCUCGAGGGUUUGGUGAGCGAGGGAUAUGAUUUGCUGGGGAUAUUCAACUGGGGCGACCAUUUUCCGCUUCUUGGCUGGUUGGAUUUGCAGGGCGUGAGAAAGAGGUGCAGAAAGCUCGUCGCGAGGGUCAAUGUCUUUGUUGGAAGGAUCAUAUCGGAACAUAGGUCGAAGAUCUCUGAGAAUGGUGGAGUAGUCGACGAGAGUUCUGGCGAUUUUGUUGAUGUGUUGCUUGGAAUGGAGAAUGAGAACAAGCUCAGCGAUUCUGACAUGAUAGCCGUUUUAUGGGAAAUGAUCUUCCGGGGAACUGAUACAGUUGCAAUUCUUUUGCAAUGGAUCAUUGCCAGAAUGGUUUUGCACCCAGAUAUCCAAGCGAAGGCUCAGGCUGAAAUUGAUACUGUGGUUGGGAAAGCCAGAACAGUGUGUGAUUCUGACCUGCCAAACCUCCCGUAUCUUCAAGCUAUUGUGAAGGAAACUUUGAGGAUCCAUCCUCCUGGUCCAUUGCUGUCCUGGGCAAGGCUUGCUAUCCAUGACACUCAUGUUGGCGGGCACCUCAUUCCAGCCGGCACCACUGCCAUGGUGAACAUGUGGGCUAUAACCCACGAUGAGCGUAUCUGGCCCAUGGCUGACAAGUUCGAUCCAGAGAGGUUCGUGGAGGAGGAGAUUGCAAUAAUGGGGUCGGAUCUGAAGUUGGCUCCGUUCGGUUCAGGAAGGAGGGUCUGCCCCGGGAAGGCCUUGGGGUUGGCCACUGUGCAGCUGUGGCUGGCUCAGCUGCUCCAGAGCUUCAAGUGGGUGGCUGCUGACGGAGGGGUGGACCUCUCCGAGGUGCUCAAGCUCUCCAUGGAGAUGAAGCAUCCGUUGGUCUGCAAAGCUGUUGCGCGCGCUGCCUGAACAGUCUAGAAUCUGAUCUGCCAAUUUGAUCUAAUCCAUGAUUUUGAAAUCUCUUUAUAUGGAUGAUCAAUUGUGUUUCUAGUAGUGAACCGGUGCUGCCUCUUAGUUGUUCCUAGGUUUUUAGUUGCUGAAUGGAAAUUAUGUGGGUGCUGGCAAAGGGUUUAGAAAAGCUGUGGUUAUUUUGUAAUUUUCGGUUUGUUUGGGAGGGGUUGGUUUAUUUGAGCUUUGAAACUCUCUUGCAUGUACACAGCUUUUAUUCCGACUUAUAUCUAUAGCAAUCGUAGUUUAAAAGUGUAUGGUUGCCUUACAUUUCUGUCCCUUUGAAAGGCUAAUGUUAUGAUCACUGGGCUCUCUC